UCUAACGAUCACGUUCACUCGUACGCGCUCAUCUUGGCACUCCUGCGAAUUUUUUCUCCUACCGGAAAAUUUAGCGUCGUUGAAUUUCUGCAAUUUUGUGUGUGUGUGUGUUUUUUUUUAUUGAAACAAGUGGAGUUCCGGCCGCGCACUUUUAUCAACAGGCAUGAUGAAUGUGGUGCCAUGGCUCGUGUCGAUGACGCUGUUGGGUCUUCAAGAAUUCGCUGCUCAAACAACAAACAACAACGAGGGCAUCAAUCAAAUUUCCCAAGAAUUAGAAGCCCCUUUACUGCCACCGUCCCAAGCAGCAAAUAGUGGAGCGGGUCCAUCCGUCUAUAAUAUGCCUCCCUUGCAUUCACCGAGUCCUAAUGUGCUGGAUGCAACGAGAUCGAUGGAAGAGGUGGACCAUUUCCGUCACUCCGAAGGAUUAAAUGGCGUCCAAACAAACUUCGGGCAAGACGGGUUGCGAGAACCGAGCAAAAUGUACGAGCCGCCCAUCCAGAUGAACUUCGAGACGAAGGAUGAUUAUCCUGGACCAGCUAUGCAGCUCGUAUACGCUUGGAAAACCGUGGAUUUUGAGUUCGAGAGCGAUUCGGCUCGUGACAGAGCAAUAUUCGAGGGUAAAUUCGUCCCCGAAAACAAUCUGCCACUUGGAUUGGGUGUGUGGAGGGAUAAAGUGUUCGUAACUUUGCCAAAGUGGAAAAACGGUAUCCCUGCUACAUUGGCUACUGUGCCGAGACAUUCGAAGACGAAAAGCCCAAAGCUACGACCUUAUCCAAGUUGGGGAUGGCAUCACGAAGGAAGUUGCGGUGGUCUGACCUCCGUAUUUAGAAUCCAAGUGGACGAGUGCGAUCGGUUGUGGGUGUUGGAUUCUGGAACAGUGAAUCUCACUAAUACGGCUUACCAGGCUUGUCCGCCAUCCAUAUACAUUUUCGAUCUCCGUACAGACAGAUUAUUGAGACGUUACCAAAUACCGGAGGAUCAAGUAAAACAGGACUCUUUGUGGUCGAAUUUAGUCGUCGAUAUUCGCAAUAACGAUUGUGAAUCAGCAGUGGCUUAUCUCUCCGACGUGUGGCGUUUCGCGUUGAUCGUUUACGAUCACGCGAGGGACAGCUCCUACAGGAUUCAGCAUCAUUUCUUCUUGCCCGAUCCGUUGUCGUCGAGAUACGAACUUCACGGUAUUCGUUUCCAGUGGAUGGAUGGAAUAUUCGGCAUUUCUUUGAGUCCCCUCGACAUCAACAACGACAGAACACUGUUUUUCCAUCCAAUGUCGAGCUUCCGUGAAUUCGCAGUGUCGACAACAGUAUUCCGUGAUAAGGAAACUGCCGAGAGCAGUCCUGACAGCUUCGUCCCGAUUGGCCGGCCACGGGCAAAAGACUUUGGGCAUUCUUCAGGCUCGGCGAUCGAUCGCAAUGGAGUCAUGUUCUUCAACAUGGUGACCCGUGACUCCGUGUGGUGCUGGGACACCAGGAAAGAAUACAUACCUCAGAAUCUCGGCGUGGUUGGAGCCAGUAACGUCUCCCUCGUUUUCCCGAAUGAUCUUCGGGUUGACCUUGAAGAAGAUCAGAGCUUCUGGACCAUAUCAAAUCGCCUGCCGAUGUAUCUCUACGGACCUUGGGAUCCGUACGUCGUGAAUUUCCGUGUUUUUCGAGCCAGUGUCAAGGAUGCCGUUAAAGACACGGUGUGCGAUCCGAAUUAUGUCGUGCCCGAGUCUGAGCAAGGCUACGAUGAAACUUGUUGAAAAUGUGAAAGUAUGAUCUCCCUAUGUAUGAUAGUAUGUGAAGCAUGCAAAGAGCGCGUUACGUAUGCAGCCGGCGAGAACAAAAUGGAAGGAGUGCAUCGUCACUCCGGAGACGAACGACUACGAAAGUAAAUGAAAGUAUAGUGUGCCUCGUUUUACAUCGUCAUGUCUCGCGACCAAGUUGGAUGCUUGAGAAACCCGGUGAAGAAAGUUCUCGGUAUGGUAUUUACGAUAAAUAGCACUCGGUGCAAGUAUGCUCAUUGCAGUGCUAUUCAACAUGUAUGUGUGUAUAUUUUUCCCCCAUUUAUGUUUGCUACUGUGAAAAAUACUUUCACACUCUACUGUCUUAGUAUCGAGGAAGUUGCACAUUUAGCACGAUAAAAACACCCGAGUCCUUAAUUUUUUUAUAGUUAAUGAAAGAAUGCUGUCAUGUUAGAAAAUUAAAGUCAUUCGUUACCGCAGGUGCACAGCGUCGUGAUGCAAAUCUCACGUUCACGGUACUCAAAAAUGGUAGGCUACGAGGGAUAUGCUGGUUUAAUUCGUUUUAUUUUUUUUCGGAGUUUACAGUGGUCUUGAAUGAAAAAAUUGGACUCGUCAUUCGAUGAUAGCACGAAAGAAUAUUUGAUCGUUGACAGAGUCUUCAAUAAGAGUCUGAAUCUUUAUCCAAGAAAAGGCUGUUUUUGGCAUUCUCAAGUGUGUUUCAUCCUUCGUGGUUUUUGGGUAGUUCAAAGGCGUUUCCACUUUUUUGCUUUUAAUUACCAACAUGACGGAGUUACGUGUUAUCAUUGUAACGCAUGUUAUCGAGAAGACAAUAAAUUAAGUUUUUUUCAGAA